AUCAUCAAAUCAUUUAUGAUGACCUUAUAUGUCGAGAUAAGAUUGUGAUCUCAGGUGGAUGAUAAUGAUCGGGAAAGAUGAUUAUCCAAUUAGGAAUAUCAAUUCACUAUAAUAAUUCAUACAACCAAUGUUCUAGUUCCCAUUUUGAAUCAAAAUGUUACUGAAAAAUGUGAUCUACCUUUUGAUUGCCUACGAAUAUGUGAAUGCAGACGUGUUAGUUACGAUUCCAAAAGGGACUAUCAGGGGCAGAAAAGAAUAUUCUUUGAGGAAUAUCUCAUUCUACGCAUUCCAAGAAAUCCCUUUCGCAAAACCGCCAGUAGGAGAACUGCGAUUUCGGGAACCACAACCAGAUGAAGGAUGGAAGGGUAUCUUAGACGCAACGAAAAACACAAAAAUAUGUUACCAGCAGAGUAACAUGUUGAAUACAAAUCUGACCCUUCUGGAAAAUGAGGAUUGUUUGUAUCUAAAUGUAUACACACCGAAGUAUCCCACGUCUGAGGCUUCGCUACCAGUGAUGUUCUAUAUCUAUGGAGGAGGAUUCGUCAAUGGAGCUGCUAAUUUCGAAUUCAACGGCCCCCAUUACUUGUUAGAACACGAUGUCAUUGUCGUCACAGCCAACUAUCGUGUGGGACCAUUCGGUUUCCUCACGACUGGUGACCUAGUAAUUCCUGGCAACUACGGUUUGAAGGAUCAACUCUCGGCCUUGAAAUGGAUCAACCAGAACAUUAAAUAUUUCGGUGGUGAUCCAGAAAAAGUGACCAUUUUCGGUCAAAGUGCCGGAGGAGCAUCUGUCAACUAUCAUUUUAUGAGCAAACAAUCUGAAGGUUUAUUUAGAGCAGGUAUUGCACAAAGUGGAUCGAUAUUCAGCCCAUGGGCUUAUCAGGGAGAUUCAAAGAACAUAGCCUAUGACCUUGCUUCUUAUGUCGAUAUCAACUUCCAAAGAAAUUCAAGCUCGGAAGAAUUGCUGAGAUUUUUGAGGAACGUUCCAGCUAAUGACCUAAAGAUAGCUGCAGCUAGUUAUCCGGUAAAUUCCUUAUUCCACAUUUUAAGACAACUUGGCGCAAAUGUUGAAUGAUCAAAUCGUCCAAGGAUUUGCGUUCGCACCUACAGUCGAACCUGAACACGAAAAUGCUUUCAUCACUGAGUUGAUGUAUGAAGCUGUGGAAAAAGGGCAUAUUAAUCGUGUGCCCAUGAUGAUUGGUACAUGUUCUGAAGAAGCGAUAAUAUUCGGCUCAAGCUUUCACGACUUCGAAUGGGAAGCAGGACAAUUUGACAUCAACGCCACUAAAUUGGUGAACAACAACAUGCACUUGACAGAUCCGAACCAAUUAGAGGCAGCAGGAGAGGCAAUCCACAGGAUUUAUACCGACGGGCUUUUUGCUGAUGAUGUGGGGAAAUCCGUCCAAUUUCGCAGUGACACUUCAUUCACUAGAGGAAUAAUUCGUUAUGCUCAGAUGCAAUCGAAAUUCAGCGAUAUUUACUACUACCAGUUUUCUUAUUAUGGACCCAUCAUUGGAGAUAGGCUGAAUAUUGAUGGUGCUCACAGAGUGGGUCAUUCUGAUGACCAAGCCUUUGUAUGGGUAUUCGGAAACAAGAGUACCAUGAACUCUCAAACUCCGGAAGAUAUCUUGACGUCCAAUCGUUAUACGACGUUAUUCACAAACUUUGCGAAGUAUUUAGAUCCUACUCCAGAACCAUCAAGCUUGUUUGAUAACAUUGACUGGCCCACAGUUGAUCCAGAUAAUUUCCAGUAUCUGGAUAUAAACGACACGUUAACAAUCAAGAAGAAUCCUAGAGGUGAUGUCUUUCCAAAAUGGGUGGAAGUCUACGAACAAAUGGCUAUCAAGCCAUAUACUACUUUCUGAGUGUGAUGGAUUUUAUCAGUAAAUAAAAAAAGUGUUAUAGCCGAAUCUGCUUUUUUGUUACGAUACAAUGAUAAAAAUUUUACUC